CUCUUGGCGCUGCUGGCCCGCAACGCGGCUCACUCGCUCCCGGCCACGCUCGGUUGCAUCGAGAGGCUGCGGCACCCAAAGGACCGCAUCGCGCUCUGGGUGGCAACAGAUCACAAUGUGGACAACACAACCGCUGUGCUUCGGGAGUGGCUGAUGAAUGUGCAGGGCAUGUAUCACUCGGUGGAGUGGCGGCCCAUGGAACAGCCACGGUUCUAUCCGGAUGAAGAAGGCCCCAAGCACUGGUCCAAUGCCCGUUAUGAACAUGUCAUGAAGCUCCGUCAGGCGGCUUUGCAGUCUGCCCGAGACAUCUGGGCUGAUUACGUCCUGUUUGUGGAUGCGGACAAUCUCCUGACGAACCCGGACACCUUAAGCCUUUUGAUAGCAGAGAACAAGACGGUGGUGGCUCCAAUGCUGGAUUCACGGGCAGCCUAUUCAAACUUCUGGUGUGGGAUGACCUCCCAGGGCUAUUACAAGCGCACGCCUGCUUAUAUCCCGAUCAGAAAGCGUGACCGCCAGGGCUGCUUUGAGGUUCCCAUGGUCCAUUCCACCUUCCUCAUCGACCUGCGGAAAGAGGCCAGCCAGAACCUUGUCUUCUACCCACCCCACCCAGAUUACACUUGGGCAUUUGAUGAUAUCAUUGUCUUUGCCUUUGCCUGCAGGCAGGCUGAGGUCCAGAUGUAUGUGUGCAACAAAGAGGUGUACGGCUUCCUACCGGUGCCUCUGCGAUCUCACAGCACCCUGCGUGACGAAGUGGAGAGUUUCAUGCAUACGCAACUGGAGGUCAUGGUUAAGAACCCUCCAGUGGAACCUUCCCGAUAUCUGUCUGUGCCUCCCAAAGUCCCGGACAAGAUGGGGUUUGAUGAGGUCUUCAUGAUCAACCUGAAACGUCGAGCAGAUCGCCGAGAGCGGAUGCUGCAGACUCUGUAUGAGCAAGAGAUUGACUGUAAGAUCCUUGAAGCUGUGGAUGGGAAAGCCAUGAACAGCAGCCAGGUGGAAGCCAUGGGCAUCAAGAUGUUGCCAGGCUACAAGGAUCCCUACCACGGGCGCCCGCUUACUAAGGGGGAGUUGGGUUGCUUCCUCAGCCACUAUAAAGUGUGGCAAGAGAUUGUUGAGAGAAGCCUGGAGAAGUCAGUGGUGUUUGAAGAUGACCUGCGUUUUGAGAUUUUUUUUAAACGGCGCAUAAUGAACCUCAUGUAUGAUUUGGAAGAAGAAGGCCUAGACUGGGACUUGAUCUACAUUGGCCGGAAGCGCAUGCAGGUGGAGCAUCCAGAGAAGGCUGUGCCCCACGUCCGCAAUCUGGUGGAAGCCGACUACUCUUACUGGACACUGGGCUAUAUCAUCUCCCUGCAAGGUGCCAAGAAGCUCCUGGAGGCCAAGCCUCUCUCCAAGAUGUUGCCAGUGGAUGAAUUCCUGCCUGUCAUGUUUGACAAGCACCCGGUUUCUGAGUACAUGGAGCACUUUGACAACCGGAACUUGCUGGCCUUCUCGGUGGAGCCCCUGCUGGUCUACCCGACUCACUACACGGGCGACGAUGGUUACAUCAGUGACACAGAGACCUCCGUAGUGUGGGACAAUGAGAACGUCAAAACGGACUGGGACCGGGCCAAGUCUCAGAAGAUGAAGGAGCAGCAGGAGCUGAGCAACGAGGCCCGGAACACCGACGUGCUCCAGUCUCCCCUUGACAGCACAGCCCGUGAUGAGCUAUGACCCUGAUGUGACGGAGAUGAUGAGAUAGGGACUGAGGGAGGGGCUUGUGGGUUGAUCCUCUCAGAUGCCACCCGUGGGAAUUCAUCGUAGGCCACCUCUUCCAUCAUACUCAGAAGGGCAAACCCAUCUCCCUUCAGUGUUGGGGGGAGAUGGGUAAAGAAGUGUUUGAGUUUGCUUAAGGCCUACCGUUCCUCCAUGACAUCAACCCUCUUUUUCUGAUUCGAAAGUGCAGGUGAGGCCUUACCCUACUCAUUUAUGUAAGAGAAGUUUUAUUCUCUCAAAAAUCGGUACCAUACAGGGAACCCUAUACUUGCUGGCAGAAGGGGUGAGGUGGGUCCUUAAAGCCUAGGGCUAGAGAUGUACCUCAAACUAUCAGGCCACAGCAUCAUAAGCCUUUGUGACAGAUAAAAUUGCCUGCCUUGGUGUAAGGUGGAGACCUUUUUUUGGUUAUUUUUAUAUAAAAUGUUUACAAGUGUGAA